AGUGAGAGAGAGAGAGAUGCGGGUGUCAGGGGGCUCGUCGGGGCGGGGUGACUCCACUGGAGGAGACAAUAGGCCCGCCUCGUCAAGCUGCCAGACUGCAACACAUCCGUACCGGAAGUUGAUCGUCUUAAAAAAUAAGAAAGCACUAAGCUGUUAUUCCAUGGCAUUGUUUUUCUUCAGACCGUCCCAGCUUGCAAUUACCUUAAUCAACAGGGCUAUUGUUAAAAUCUAUGAAUGAAGAAGUAAAGUUUGAAAAAAUUAAAUUUAAAUGAAGAAAAUAUUUUUGUAAUCAAGUAGAACAAUGUGUUAUUUAUCCCAAACUUUGUGGAAGAGCUUGUUUGAGCCUGUUAGAAGAAGUCACUCACAUCUACAAGCCAUUUGACUGAAGCCAACUCCGAACAUGAUUGACAUUUAGAGCUGAAAACGUCUGUCGAUGAAUCAAUCACUCAACUGAUAACCAUUAUGAAAACUGAUUCAUCCGUUGACUCGUACACUAUUAUAGCAGCUUCUGAAAAUGCGAUGGUCUGAUGUUCUCGCUCAGAUAAGUUACGAUGAGUACUUUUCACUUUUUUCUGGCAGUUUUAUUUAAGGAAAAUAAUCUUCAGUUUUAGUGAUGCUGAAAACAGUCCAUGUCCCAAUAGCUUAGGACACUUAAAAUUAAAAUAAGAUAAGAUAUGCCUUUGUUCGUCCCACAAUGGGGAAAUUUGGACAUUACAGCAGCAAAGUGGACAGAAGAAUGUAGGAAGACAUUUAAAAAAGCAAUAGGUAUGUACAAAAUAUAACAGAAAAUAUUAAAAAGAUAUUUAAAUACCAUUUGCAGAGCAGUAGCAAUGGUUACACAUGGAGAACAAAUAUAAAUAUUGCACUUAUUUUUACAACUGAUGUAUUUAUGUUACCGACAGUUACAUCAGGUAGUUAAUAGACUAAUAGUUUUAAACAGUAGAAUGAUGAACGUGAGAAGAAAUCUUACAGAACAUUAAGACAACUCGUGCAAAACAACGACACAGCGCAACCGGGGGGCUGCUCUUUUAUUUUGAAACGCGCGACCGGAAGAGGAGCAGUUGUGUCGCCGUUAUCUCGACAAGCCGCAGAGGGAAAGUGAAGCGGCCGCCGAGCAUCAUUCUGCCGGACGGUCGGCGUCGAAGUGUCCGCGCCUGUCUGUCUCGCGGAGGGGGGAACACUGCUCGUGGCCUCGCCGUCGUCAUGCCGUAGACGAGCCGCCGGUCCGUGUCCGAUGACGCCCGACGGGCAGCGCAGCUGCAGGGAGGACGCGGCGCGGCUGUAACCGGGGCGACGGGAGGAUGCACUGGGCCGCUGGCUUCGCCUCCUCCUCGCGGCCGUGUGUGGUGGAGCUCGGGCGGAACCACAGCCUCGUGCCCCUCGGGCUGUGCGCCGCCGAGCAGCCGCAGUCCUUGUAUGGCUACAUCAUCGCCUUCCCCCUGCAGGACUACGGCGGCAUCAUGUCGGUGCUGGGCUCGGACUCCUGGUGGAAGAAGACCCUGUACAUCACCGGCGGGGCCCUGCUGGCCGCCGCCGCCUACCUCCUGCACGAGCUGCUCGCCAUCAGGAAGGAGCAGGAGCUGGACUCUAAAGACGCCAUCAUCCUCCACCAGUUCUCCAGGCCGAAGAACGGCGUGCCCAGCCUCUCGCCCUUCUGCCUCAAAAUAGAGACGUACCUGCGCAUGGUGGAUCUGCCCUACCAGAACUACUUCGACGGGAAGCUGUCGCCGCAGGGCAAGAUGCCCUGGAUCGAGUACAACCACGUGCAGGCCUCGGGGUCAGAGUUCAUCGUGGACUUCCUGGAGGAGCAGCUGGGCGUCAACCUCAACGGGAACCUCACGCCGCAGGAGAGGGCCGUGUCCCGGGCCGUCACCAAAAUGGUCGAGGAGCACCUCUACUGGACGAUAGCCUACUGUCAGUGGGUGGACAACUUGGAGGAAACCCAGAAGCUCCUCGCCAUGAGCGGCCCGCUGAGCGACACGCUGAAGUGGCUGCUGAGCCACCUGAACGGCAGCGUGGUGCGCAGGGAGAUGUACGGCCACGGCAUCGGACGCUUCUCCAGGGAGGAGGUCUACGCCCUGAUGGAGAAGGACAUGAGGACACUGGCCACACUGCUGGGAGAUAAUAAAUACUUCAUGGGCUCCAAGAUGUCGACGUUGGACGCCACCGUGUUCGGGCAUCUGGCACAGGCCAUGUGGACUCUGCCCGGGACACGACCCGAACAACUCAUCAAAGGGGAGCUGAUCAACCUGGCCAUGUUCUGCGAGCGGAUGCGGAGGAGGUUCUGGCCCGAGUGGUUUGUGGACGUGGAGGAUCUUUACUACGACGGGGACAGCGAGAGCAGCGGCUCCCCGACGGGCCAGCUGGACUUUGGCCUCUUCUCCAGGACUGACACCCUGGACGACAGCGACGGCGGCAGCCCCUCGGCGGAACACACCCACCCGCACUCCCCCGACUCGGACCACUCGCUGUUCGACUCGGACGUGGGCACGGGCUCCGACAAUGACAUUCAGCUCAAGGAGGAGAUAACGCCGGACCGGGGGGUUUGACCUGAGAGAAUGUGCCUGAUUGGCUGACAGACAGAGACUGACAGGAGGCCGGAGCGAUACGGUUUUGCUCUAUAAACCUGACUGAGCUCUCACAGCUGAAGGAACCAUCCUCGACCCCGACACAUUACAACUCGUUGACGGACAAAACUGGGUAUUUUAUGCAGAGCGUACAAACUCGACCACAUAACGCAACAUGCUACUGCACUGUAUGGCCCCUCCCCGUAGACGUCAGAGCUGUCCCGCGUGGCAGUUUUUUUUUCUCUUUGCCUUAUUUGUCUCUUCCUAAGAAGCAGAAGUUGGUGUGAAAGAAGGGAAACGUCUCACGAAAAGUGCGGCAGAGACGAGAGAGAGAGCGUUGCAGACGGGGAGGACAGGUGGCACCUCACUUGCUACGAAACGAUGCAACUAAUCACCACUCCGCCACGUGUCUUAACGCACAAAGCCCGUACAGACAGGUGGAGACUGAUCGUGUGGCUGAAAGGGAACAGCCGUCGCGUCUCGGUCAUAUAUAAACCGUCCACGUGCUGGAGAAGGAAAACGCCGCCGACACAACCGAGCGCCGGUUCAUGCCCCUCCGGAUUUAUCCUCGCGUCGUCGUGCUGAUGCCCCUGUACGUGGGAAGAAUCUGUAUGGAAAAAAAAUAGUUGUGUCGGCCGACUGAAUAUGAGACAGGAGGAGAGAUGAGAGAUGCCGGUUUCCAUUACUGUCCAUCAUCCUUAUUUCUCUCCACGAAUGAGUUAUUUGUUUGCACGUUGUUACCGGGUUAGGGUCGUCCUUUAUGUCUGUAUUGAAGAGCUGUAGUUUCUGACCACUAGAUGGCGUCAGCAGCCAGCCCGACGUCUCCUUCAUUCUGCAACGUCAAGGUCAUUCCACCCCGAGGACCUGCAGCGGAUUCAACGCCGACAAAUGAUUUCUCCUUCAGCCCCUGAACUUUAGUAUUGUGCUUCCCAUUCGUAGAUGACAUCGGUGUGUGUGUGUGUGUGUGUGUGUGUGUGUGUGUGUGUGUGUGUGUGUGUGUGUGUGUGUGUGUGUGUGUGUGUGUGUGUGUGUGUGUGUGUGUGUGUGUGUGUGUGUGUGUGUGUGUGUGUGUGUGUGUGUGUGUGCAUGCGUGCACACUGUGACUGAGCACAGCAACAAAUCAGCCUUAGUGCUCAGACUCGCUCUGCUUCUCGUCUGAAUAUGAUUUCAUUUAUCAGUGCCACUUUAAUGAUCCUUCUUCUUUUCUAUGAGAACACUUGUGUCAAAAUAUAGAUAUUAUUUUGUUGACAUAUUUAUUUUUUUCUUCUUAUUUCUCUCAAAGAGAGACGUUUACUUUGCACUAGUGGAAAAUUUCUUUUCACCCUAUUUCAACUGGAAGAAACAGGCUGCUGGGAAUGGGAACGUACAGUACACAUGUAUAUCAGUGGUGUGCUGAUAACGAUUGUCGGGGGGGGGGGGCAGCGCUGCUUGCGUCGGCUGUGUGUGAAUGUUACUCAGUGUGUGAAUGUUAGCAGAGACGGUCAUUAUACCAAAUCAAACAGAGCUGAGCUUUGCUAAAUGAAAAAAGUAAAAAAAAAAAAAAAAUGGACCAAAAUAUGUCGGUGAUGUAAUGGAAAUACUGUCUGAUGGCUGUAAAAAAGAUUGUGGUGCGUAUAGGGUAAAUGUGACUUAAAGGUUAAAGGAUCAGUUCACCCAAAUGACAACAGUAUCUCUACAGGUAUUGAGUCAAGCUUUUAUUUUUUUUGUGCAAUAGAGGUGAAUGGCAUUUCAUUAGUGGUGCUCACAGCAUUGAAUAUUGACGCAUGAGAGAUUCCACACGCCACGUGUCCUGUGAAUUACCGUGUCGACAGUUUUCACUGGAAACGAGUUCCGAGGAAAAACUGCUCAUGGAGCGAGGCUGUCGUGGAGAAAUCAGGUCUGAUGGCACGGUGACUACUAUCAUGUAAAUCCUGAUCAAAUUCAUUUGAACAACGCAGCCUGUGGUCUUCAGCCGCGUGACGGAACUGACGCGAGUGCAAAGCUACGCGCGACACUCGGCGUAGUACAGUUUCAAAACCAGCCUGCACCUUCGUCUACCAUUUGUUUUUCCCCAUCUAUGUGGUUUCAGGUCCAAAAUGCUUCCACACCGACGUCCCAGAUGAGUCACCGCUAUUCACUUGGCGCAUCUCUGUGGUGUAGCUGUGCAACGGCACGACAGAUCCUGGAAGUGAAUUUCUCCGAGGGGAGUUUAGUUUUCGACUGCGACAUGUUUAAUGUUUCAUAAAGCUGGAGAAGCAAUUUGAGAUAUUUGGUCAAUUCUUUGGUUCAUUUUGUUUCCUCAAAAGCCCGCGUCCUGGUUCCCAGUGUGUUUCCAUACAGACGUGUUUCUGUUUAAUCAUUUAAAGCUGCUAUGAUCUGAAUUUUUGAUCUUGACAAUGCACCAAUAAUGUGAAAUGGUUCAUAUGUGAACCCACAUUCUGCUCCGUUAACCCCUCGGCUCUUUUCGAGGUGUUUUAGCAUCUUUAACCUCUUUUGUCUCGGUUGUGCAAGAGCCCACGACUUCCCAGUUUCGGUUUGUUCACGUCGGCUUUGUUUUUUUACAGACGUCGCGUGAUCGACCCGACGUACGCUUCCUGCUCAGCAUCCAAAAGAGAGAGAGAACAGAGAGCUUACUUUCAACAGGUGGACACACACAAAGACACACGUGCUAACGUUGCUCUGCGUUUGUCACCACAUCUACUUUAAAGCUGAUGUUUUAAAGCUUAAAAUGUUCGUCUUUUUUCUAAUGCUGUGAGCAUCACAAACAACAUUCUAUUCACUUGUAUUGCGGUGGAGACGGAAAUCGUGUAACAUCAUCUGUAAUAUCUUAAAACUUGGGACAAAAAAAACCCCCACAACUGUUUGGGGUUAUUUGCGCAGCUUCUGUCAUUCGGGUGAACAGACCGAUUACAAUGGAAAAAGCCCAAGUAGGCGAGUUGGCGGCGGAAGACCAGAGAGUGUGAGACUCCAGACGCAACCUUCUUCCAUCCUGUCGUCUGCGUCCCGACCCGCCCGGAACCUGGGCCCGCGUAUGUCAGUCGCCUCGCCCGGGUCUGGGCACCGUGUACAAGUUGGACUGCUUUAAUCGAAGCCAUAUUGAGACCCGAAGUCUUGUUAUGGGGAACAUGUCAUAGCAUCACUGCUGUGGGGUGGGGGGGGGGGGGUUAUAUAAAUAUCCUAUGUCUGACGACAGAGUGUACCCGUACUGUAUGUAUAGAGCUGACUGAUCACACUACCUGUGGGUGUGUGUGAUCAGUCAUAGAACCGGGAGCAGCUGGAUGGCGUCAAUAAAGGAAUAGCUGUGUCACAUUUUA